GCCGCAGGUCUACCACAUGACAAAUAACUGCUUCAAUUUCAUUCGUUCGGCAGCAGACUCCCAAAUGAAGUUGAACCAAUGGGCACUCUAACCUGUGGGGCGGAAAGCACGCAUUUACCUGCCAUCUACCAACAUCACUACCAGUUGGGGCCGGCUUCAGCCUAGACGCUACUAUCGACACUUUCGCCCUCAAGUUGCCGUAGCGGUUAGACUAACAGCAGCUCGUCUUUCCGGAGUGUCCAUCUUUUCAGAUGUAGCAGUAGGCUAGCCGGUUGACGUAUCUGCCCUUGCGACUAAUUCGGUUAAGUGCCGACGGCUUCUGGUAACGUUUUACCAUAACUAACGCCGUCGGUUCAUCGAAAUAGUGGUUUUAUUAUCUAAAUCCCAACUUUUCACGAUAAAAUGGCGAGAGUGGCCUCUGUCAACCGCGGUCACUGCAUGAGUUUAGCCGGCGCCCAUUUCUGAAACGCUCGUGUCAGCUUGUGAGCUAAAAAUCUACCAUCGAUCGUGCUAAAGUCGUACGCAGAUCAGUUUUCAAGUUUUGGUAGUCGUGAGAUACGAAUUUCGUAAACUGAUGUGACGAUGCUGCUACUGUGGUAGCACGUUGUCGCGUACAAACCUGCUUCUCUCGUCGUUACACGACUGCCCUAAGAUUCUGGGGUGAAUAUCGUUCGUUCAAUGCCAAAGACUGGAAUGAACGCCAAAGAGCUCUCAAACGGUCGUCUCAUAAUCAUGAUUUCCGUAAUAGGAGGGCCUAUCGUUAGUCUUUUGCGCUUCUUUCCAAAUGAAAACCACUUGCACAUGAUCAAACUUGUUUUAGGCUCAAGUUUAUUACCGAGGACUAUAUGCCUAGGCUGAUGGAAUCCAUCCAUGACGGCGUCUAAAAAAUCUGAUGCAAUGAUGCCUGGUAUUUCCGUUCCUAGAUCGUCGAAGGCGCUCAUUACUAUUUUACAAGGUGCCGCGUGAAAGUGACUGAGACGUCUAUUUGGCUCAUUUACGGGAUCCAGCCCUCGCCGUUCAACAUAAUAAACUUCGCGACCUUCAGCGAGACGAAGGGCCGCCCUUGAACAAACAGUCCUAUUAGACUCACUGCAAUUAUUUUUUCUAGUUAACAUCGAGGAUGUAACGAGAUGCAAGUCUGAAGUCAUCCCGGUGAGUUCCUGCCGACGCCAAAUGAAUGAAUCACAGGUGAUGUGGACGGCAGUUACAGCGUGGAGUAACAGAUAAAAGCGUUGGUACGAAUGCGACAUUAGCUUUUUCUCUACAUAUAACCAAAAGGCUCAGUGGGGAUUAACGGUACCCGCUAAAGGUUAGCUUUGCCCUUCAACCCGACUUCCUGGUUUCAGGACGGCAUCUGGAGUCCACAGAGUACGUUGACAUUGAAGGAGAGAAGCUGCGGUAA